UACAUGUCAGAAAGUCUUUUAAUAAUGGACCAAAGAUUUAUAAUACUGCAAGAACAAUUGUUUAGCAAACACAGACUCCAACGUUUACUCAACCAAAAUGACAUUCUCUCCCACUAAAACACACACACACACACACACACAGUUUGUCAGCAGCCUGCUCCCUCAGUACGCAGGUGUGUGAGCAGCAGGAGGUGUGCGCAGCGCCAAACCCAAACUUUUUGUACGCACCUUGCCGCGGAUUCACCUCUCCUCCUCUCGUGGAUUAAACACACCUGCACCGAGCAUCAGCUGCUGCAGCCGCUUCAUCUUUUCCACAAGAUUACGAUGGAUUAACAUAUUUUUGGGAGCCAUGCUCUCAUUCUCGGGUGCUCUCUACUCACACCGCCGACUCCUCGCGGGGAACCAAUCCGACUUGGAUGCCCUCCAUUGCCGUUUCCGCAUUCUCGCAGCCACCGUGCGCACUGCAGGCGCGGAGCUCAGAUCCAUGAUCUCAACAGAAAAAACCGGUUCCUCCGGCCAGUCUACCCAAGUAUUGCUGGCGGGGCAUUAUGUUUAGAGCCAGAGCAAGAGAGAGAAACCGGAGGACUGACGGGCUGGACGUCGUUUCAAAGGACUGAGGAAGCCUGGAGCGUCUCAUCAAGCUGAAGAACCUGCACUAACCGCCGCCGCUUCAUGUCCCGGGAUGGAGGGCUGCUGUCGCUCCUGCAUGCCGUGUUGUAGCCGGCUCUGGAACUACAUUUGGCCGGACUUCCGCUACCCGAACGUCCCCAACAACAACAACCAUGUCAUUGCCAACCCGGCCGCGCAGACGGCGGAGAUCCGCACAGUGUCCGGGGACAUCCGCGUCCCGUCGCCCAAGAAGCGGCAGGUGCAGCUUUACGCGGCGCUCUUCGACUUCGAGGCCCGUAGCGACGACGAGCUGACUGUGAAGGAGGGGGACAAGCUGUCGGUGAUCGAGAAGCGGGGGGAGUACGUGCUGGCUAAGAAGCUGACCGGGUCUCUGGAGUCCGGACUGAUCCCAGCCAACUACGUUGCUCUGCUGCAGGACGAGUUCGCCAAACACAAGUGGUACUACGGGAACAUAAACCGUGGGAAAGCUGAGAAGCUACUGCUGGCUUCCCAAAACAAAGAUGGCUCCUUCCUGGUUCGCAUCAGUGAGAGUCACAGUGACGAGUACACCAUCUCUGCCCGCAGCGAGGGGAAGGUGUACCACUUCAGGAUCCAGCGCUCCAUCAUCGGGGCGUACUUCGUCUCAGAUAAAGUUUCCUUCGGCACUCUGGGAGAGCUCAUCUCGUACUACCAGAAGAACCCUCGCAGCCUCGGAGUGCCGCUCGAGGAGCCGUGUGCACAGCAGCGCGAGCUGUUCGACAUGGAGCCGUGGGAGAGGCCUCGAGAGGAGUUCAGGCUGCACAAGAAGCUGGGAGAGGGGCACUUUGGAGAGGUGUGGGAGGCUCUGUGGACCACUGAGAACAAGAAGGUGGCCAUAAAGACGCUGAAACAAGGUAGGAAUAAUGAAGCAUGUGACUGA